GUGGCGGCCCGCUACAUGGCGCUGAAGGGCCGGAAGGGUCCGGUGGGCAUGCCGCGGGGCGCCAGCUGCGACCGCUUCAUGUGCGCCCAGCAGGGGUCCGAGUGCGACAUCUGGGACGGGCAGCCGGUGUGCAAGUGCCGGGAUCGCUGCGAGAAGGAGCCGCACUUCACCUGCGCCUCGGACGGCCUCACCUACUACAACAAGUGCUACAUGGACGCGGAGGCGUGCACCAAGGGUAUCACCCUGACCGUGGUCACCUGCACCCACCGCUUCGGCAGCCUCAGCACCAGCGCGCCGUCGCCGCUCCCGCACACCACCCCGCGCCCCACCCCGGCGAGCGCGCUCACCACGGCGCAGGGCGUACUCGCGCCCGCGCUCCUCUCCACGCCCGUGCCCCAGUCCAUUUACGUGGGCGGCACCGCCAGCUUCCUGUGCGACGUCAGCGGGCGCCCGCGGCCCGACAUCACGUGGGAGCGGCGGCUCGAGGGCGGGCCCCACGUGGUUCUGCGACCCAAUCACGUGCGCGGCAACAUGGUGGUGACCAACAUCGGCCAGCUGGUCAUCUACAACGCGCAGCUGCAGGACGCGGGCACCUACACGUGCACGGCGCGCAACGCCGGCGGCGCCGUGAGCGCGCACUUCCCCUUCUCAGUCAUCCGGCGCGAGGCGCUGGUGCCCGACGGCGGCAGCACCAACAGCAGCGGCGGGGGAGGCGGGGGCGCGGGAGCGGGCGGCGGGGGCGCGCUCCCCGCCCGCGAGUGCCUGCGGCGGCCCGAGCGCCAGCCCUGCGGUCCCGGGAGCGCGCAGCACGUCCGCUGGUUCUAUGAUGCCAAGAAGAACAACUGCUUCACCUUCACCGCCUGCGGGGCUGGGAACGGGAGCAGGAACGCCAACGGGGACCGGGGCGGGGGCGGGGAGGGCGGCCUAGGCCACUUCGGCAGCUACGAGGCGUGCAUGGGGAGCUGCAUGGACGAGCCGGUGAACAUCUGCAGCCUGCCGGCGCUGCAGGGCAGCUGCAAGGUGUGGGAGCCCCGCUGGGCGUACAGCAGCGUCCACCGGCAGUGCCAGUCGUUCAUUUACGGCGGCUGUGGCGGCAACGAGAACAACUUCGAGAGCCGGGAGACGUGCGAGGAGAUCUGCCCGUACCCCCGGAACCAGCACUGUAAGGCCUGCAAGCCUCGCUUCAAGAUCGUCACCAGCUACUGCAAGAGCGACUACGUGAUCGUGGGGCGCGUGACCGAGCUGGCCGAGGAGACCGACUCCGGCCGCGCGCUCUUCACCGUCGACCGGGUGCUCAAGGACGAAAAGAUGGGGCUGCAGUUCUUUGGCAGCGAGGUGCUGGAGAUCACGCUGCUGAACAUGGACUGGAACUGCCCCUGCCCCAACAUGACCAGCGAGGAGGGGCCGCUCAUUGUCAUGGGCGACGUGCACAAUGGCAUGGCCACCCUACAGCCACAUAGCUUCGUCCGGCCCCUCAGCGACAAGCGCAUCAAGAAGCUGGCCGAAGUCAAGGAGAAGAAGACGUGUGACCUGCUGAGGGAGCUGACCGGCCUGCAGUAGCCCGGCACCGCUCCCCAGUCAGCUGAGGUUGGCGGCUGGGCAGUUGGCUAGGAUUGGUCCUAAAGCAGCACUGGCCAGUUGCGAUCAAUGGCUCAGUCCAGGUCAAUGGUCCAGUCCCACCCACUCAGUGGUACGAUUUGAGUCACUGGUACAGUCCCAGUUAGUAGUCCAUUCUGGGUCAGUGAUCCAGUCCAGCUUAGUGGUCAGUCCCUGUCAGUAGUCUAGUCUGUGGUCUGGUUCAGUCCUCAUCAAUGUUCUGGUCCAGGUAAACGGACUAGUUGAAGUCAAUAGUCCAGUCCAGGUCUUUUGUCCAUUCCUUGUCAGUGUUAUGGUCCAGGUAAACGGACUAGUUGAAUUCAAUGGUCACUUGUCUGGUUUUGGUUAAUUGAGCAAUUUUAGCCAAUGGGUGGUUGCUGUUUACUAGACCACUACUAGUGAAUACUGGUCACUGAGCCAAUUCUGUUUAAGGUGGUUAAAUAGAAUUGGCAUGGUAUGGUUAAUGGAUUGAUAUUGACCAAAGAGCUGGUUCUGGUCAACAGUUUAUUUUAGGACAAUGCAUUGGUUCUGGCCAAAGUUGUAAUUCAAGGUUAUAUAGGUACACUUUUAUGGGCAACUAUUGGUUAAUUGACAAGUUUUUAUCAAUAGACCGGUUCAGUCUUUGAACCAGUACUAGUCAAUCACCCACUUCAGCUUCAUGGAUCAGUUAUGGUUCAUGGAGCAAUUCAGGCUCUCGGUGCGAGUGAGGGGGUGCGGUUAGUUGUAGUCUGGGUCUGUUACUGGAUCAGUUUUGCUCUGUGGGAGAAUCUGGUCAGUGCAUUGAUCUGGUUGAUGGGCCGGUAUUGGUCAAUGAGUUGGAACUAACAAUUGGUUGCUUUAUCAGCCAAUUCUGGUCAAUGAGCUCGUUGCUGGUAAAUGGCUUGUUGUGGUUGGUGGGACAAAUCUGGUUAUUGGAAUGGUUCUAGUCAAGGCCCUGUGUUCCAGAUCUAGUCAACAUGCUGAUUCUCUGCAAUGGCUCUGCUAAGCAAUAGGCCAGUACUGGUUAGUGGGUUAUUCCUGGUCAACUGCUGUUAAUUAAUUAUCUAGUUCUGGUGUUUGGGUACAAAUGGACUAUAAACCAUUCUGGUUAAUUGAUCUUCCUGAUCAAACGGUAGGUUCUGAUAAGUUUCCACAUAGGAUGAUGGGACGAUAGGUUAAUCAGUCCAUUUGUCGGCCAGCUCCGCUCAGUGGUCACUAUUUGUCUAAUUGAUGGGUUUGUUCUGGUCAGUGAACUGGUUUUGAUUAGUUCAGUGGUCCUAGUGAACAUCUUGUUCUGGUUAAGGGAUUACUUUUGUUCUAAGUCGGGGGUUCCUAA